ACCGCUGCUUGCUGGUUGCUUUUGAUUUCAUUGCCCAUGGCUUUUUGCCAUCCAGCUUCGAAGCAUGAGGACUGGCAUUGAGUGCGGUGCCUGAUGCCUGGGGCUGGCAGUCCAAGCUUCGCCGACACAAGUUGCGUAGAGAGGCGCCUUCCAAACUAUUUGCUUCCCGAUCUGAGCUCGCCAUUGAAGACAGCACCAGCAGUUUGCCACAAUCUUUCUGAGAAUGCAGGCAGACACCCAUCAUUCUUCACCAAGGACAUGCCAGGUCCACAAAGUUCAGGCGUCGGGAAAGGACCCUUUGCCCCAAGAGGUGAGGCGGGAAUUAGCUUUCCCUGGGAUGUGUUCGAGAGCAACCCAAGGCACAACUCUUUGGGGCCAUCAGAAGUGCGAGCUUCAAGGCUGCCAUUGACAGUACCCUCGGAGCCUUGGUCGAAGACAGGCAAUGCAGCUUGGGAGGCUUGGCGAGAGCCACUCCAUGGCUCGCAGGUGCCACCAUGGAUGCGCGACAUGAAGGAAGCAAGAGGUGCUGCUCAGCCGUCAGUGGACAAGGGUGCAAAAAACAUCGUCGAAAUCAUCAGGCAGCGCCAUCAGGAUCUAGGUCCAACUGUGCAUGAAGAGGGACUUGGCAGGCUUCAGUCGGAAAGAAAAAUGAAUCGCAGCCCAGAUCCAGGUCAACAUGGGCACUCUGAAGAAGAGAUCAGGCAGCGCCAGCAGGAUCUAGGUCCAACUGCGCAUGAAGAGGGACUUGCCAGGCUUCAGUCGGAAAGAUGCAUGCAUCGCAGCCCACAUCCAGGUCAACAUGGGCGCUCUGAAGAAGAGAUCAGGCAGCGCCAGCAGGAUCUAGGUCCAACUGCGCAUGAAGAGGGACUUGCCAGGCUGCAGUCGGAAAGAUACAUGCAUCGCAGCCCAGAUCCAGGUCAGCAUGUGCACUCUGAAGAAGAGGGCAGGCAGCGCCAGCAGGAUCUAGGUCCAACUGCGCAUGAAGAGGGACUUGCCAGGCAGCGGGGAUUGCUGCCAGCGUGUGUGAGUCAACGUGUGCACUCUGAAGAAGGGGGCAGGAGCCAAACUGCUGAGAACUACAAGGGCUCUGGCAAAGUGAAUCAAGGACCUGAUGGAGGAGCAGGCCCAGAUUCCACUUCUCAGUGUGAAGUGUCACCGUCUUCUAGAGGGACACAGGCCCUUGAAGCUGACCAGUGCAAAGAAGGAGUGCAAAGAGGAAUGGCAAAAGAACCUCGCGGGCAAGGAAGCGCAAGCCAGGCCAUGCCUGCGCACCGAUCUCCGCAUUCGCCAGAGAUCACAGAAGCUCUGCGAGAGCGAGUGGCCAUGCUGGAAGGCUUGUUAGCAAAAGGCUCGCCCUGGCCGGGUGGACCCGGAAAGGCUGUCUCAUCCGGGCAAAGCGAUGCAGUGCAGGCCACAUCGGAUCACAACAGAGAUUGGGAGUCUUUGCCAUCGGACGGUGCAAGCGAGGUACUCACAAAGAACUCCAGGAAGUCAAGAGGGGCAAGCAGAUCCAUGGAUGUCCGGCAGCAGACCUGUAGCCGCGACAGUUCAACAACCAAAAGCGAAAGCUUGAGCCCGCGGUCCAUGCGACAGGCAACAGGGCGAAGCGAGCGAAGUGAGCUAGGCGCGCCAAGCAGCCUAAAGGAAGAAGAUGAAGUGCCAGACAAACCUGGCAAUGAGCUGGGCAAAGCUCCCGGCAAACCGGGCAAAGGACCGGGCAAAGGACCGGGAGAGCCGGGCAAAGGUCCCGGCAAAGGAUCACCUAAAGGUCAGGAGCCUAACGGGCCAGCCAAAGGCAAGGGCAAGGGCCCGCCUCCAAAGGCGCCUCCUCGUGCAACACCGAAGGCUCUCGGCAAAGGCAAUGGCCCCGCACCAAGAAAGGCCGACAUAAAGCCUCAGAAGCCAAUGAAGAAGCUCUUUUGGCAUCCAUUUGUGCUUGACGAGAAGCUUAUCGAAGCUUGCAGCAAUGUCUGGGCAACAAUUGAACAUACAGGGCCCGAUUGGUUUGAUGUGGAGGAAUUGGAGCAUCUCUUUUCAGAGUCGCUAACUAGAACAGGGCCACCGCCUACAUCCCACGGAGGCUCAGGGCGUCGAGCUCGUCUACGAGUCAGAGUUUUCGAGGAUUCACGCCGUCGACAGGUGUGUAUCAUGCUGGCCCGGUUGCCGCCUGUGGAGAGCACUGUCAAAGCGGUGCAUCAGAUGGACGACGCAAUCUUGGAUAAGGACCAGGUUGAGCUAUUGCUGUCCACAGCUCCAUCAGCGGAAGAGCUUGCGAUGCUUCGGGCUGCGGCGCGAGAGAUGCCUGAGCAGGAAGCUAUUGCAUGGGAUGAUGCGGAAGCUUUUGUCUGGAAACUAUCGGAGGUGUCAGCCUUCUCGACCCGCCUGCAUAUUUGGUCCUUCGAGAAUGCCUUUGAAGAGCGGUUUUUCAUCUUCCACUCAGCAGUCACGGAGAUGAAGCACGCUUGUCACUCACUGCGAGAUUCGCAAAGAGUGCGAAGGUUGCUCGGCCUCGUGCUGGCUGUUGGCAACCACUUGAAUGCAGGAACCGCUCGCGGCCGAGCUGAUGGAUUUUUGGUAGAUGUCCUGCCACAGAUGCGUGCCCUCAAGGGCCAGGGUGGUUCAGGAUCUGCCCCGACCUUGCUGGACUUCUUGGCCGAUGGCUUGAAAGUUCGGCAGGCGGAGAAGACCCAUCCUGGCGAGCUUGCCAAUCUGUUCAGCGACAUUGGAGAGGCUACUCUGGUUCAGAAAGCGUGCCGCCACAAGAUCGUGGACUUAUCGAACGAGCUGACGACUUUUUGCCUUCAGGGGCGGGGGCUGGCCAGGACAGCCUCCUCCGGUGACGAGGUGCUAGCUCUUCGCGCUGCCAGAACUGAGGCUCGAGUCGAAGAGUUAGAGCAACUGCAGCAGGCCUUCACGGAGGCAGAGGAGGACUAUCGAAGUAUGUGCGCCUGGUUUCACGAAGGCGAUGGGAGGAAGCCACGGCCGCCAGAUGAAUUCUUUGGACACUGGCACGCUUUCUUUCAGGGUGUGAAAGCAGCUCUAGAGUUGACUCAAGCCAUGCUCAGGAUGUAUGCAGGCAAGAUGAAGCGACGAAAAGCUCCAAGAUCCAGGAUUUUGCGGCCCUAUGAUCAAUUCCAAAAGACGUUGUCCUUAAAGGAGAAUGUCAAGGAUGCCGUGAGCUGAGGGUGGUUGUACCGCUUAAUGACUGGACAUUUGCAAGCUUGGCGGGCCCAAAGGCUUAACCGUCAACUUUGCAUUCAGAAACUGUUUGCACGCGUCUUUGUACAGCGAGCUUUUCAAGCCGUAUUUUGGCGGAUGAGAACACUCCACAGUUUAUGCGAAAGUUAAUCUACGCGCGGCUGCCAGCUGCGCAGCAAAUUUACAGUUGGCUCCCUGCAGGCUUC